UCAAUGGAUUUCAGUUGCUCAAUAACCGUCCCCCGUGAAUGACACGGAUUUCGCCUAAAGGGAGAGUAGCUCGGCGUCGGCCUUCUGACUAUUCAGGGUAUUCCAGUGCGAGCAUCCUAGUAGUUUGUAGGGAUAGAGAUUUAAUUGAAGGGAAUUAGCAAGUGGAAAUUCCGUUUGCUUUAUAUGUAAUCAAAUCCAACGGGAAUUCAAGCAGCUGAUCGUGAAUUAUUGCGAUCGCGUUAGGAAUUCAUGAAGCGGUGUUAUUGCACCACAGCUUAUCUGGUUUGGUGAGGAAAUGUGAAAACUUGUUUUCCCAUUCAUUGAGAUUGUGUCAAAGAAGUGGAAAAGUGCAUGAGAAGCGAGCGUUAAGAAUUGGGCAAUCGAAUCAAGUGGUAGAUUUUCUAGCUUUCGCGAGUGGUGGUCAUUCCAAUUGGUCAUGUAGGUAUCUGUGGUUCCCUGAGCCUAAGAUCAACAUCUGGAGUCUGUGUUUUGCGAAUUUGCCAAGAAAGAACAGACGAAAUCAAGUGUCUCUCUAUGCAUGAGUUAGCAAAGUGCAUAGCGCAUUCGAAGGAUUGCCAAUAAAAGCUGAUAGUUUACAUGUCCAGCGAAGUGCCGCCGCGUGCUUGCGAGUGAGUGAAGUGGUUGAAGCAGCCCAAAAGUGAAUGCCAAGAAGCGGUUCUCCAUACCGAAGAGCAUAAGUGAAGUAGCAUAAAAUCAACUCUUGAAAAAAAAAAAAAACGAAUUGAAUGUGUGCGGUGGCGACGCGUGAUUGUCCGUUCAUUUGCGAUUGAAUCAACUGUGUUCAGCUGUUGGUCAAUAUUAUAACAACAGUUCGGGCCGUCGACAGCAGUCACGAGCGGCAGUAGUGGAAAAAAUGGUGCAAUGGACACUGGUUUGGGCCGGUAUCGGUGUCCUAACGGCCAUCUCGGGUGCCCUGCUCGGAUGGGUCGUGUUUCCUGUGGCGGUGCAUGAAAAGAUACUGGAGAACACAGAACUGAGGCAGGAUACGCCACAAUUCAAGCGGUGGGAGGCCGUUCCACAACCACUAGAUUUCAAGGUUUACAUAUUCAAUGUGACCAAUCCGUAUGAAGUGCAGAUGGGUCGACGACCUCGAGUCGUCGAAGUUGGACCUUACGUAUAUUUUCAAUAUCGCCACAAGGACAACAUUCGGUUCAGUAGGGACCGGUCGAAAGUGCACUUUUCGCAGCAGCAGAUGUACGUCUUCGAUGCUGAGUCAUCGUACCCUCUUACUGAAAACGAUCAGCUAACGGUGCUCAAUAUGCAUAUGAAUAGCAUAUUGCAAAUAAUCGAUACCCAAGCAAAGGAAACGAUCACAAACUUUCGCUCCGAUGUUAACAAUACUCUCGAAAAAAUCCCCGUAGUUAGAGUCAUUAAACGAAUAAUUGAGAAAACGACGCCAAUCCAAUCGAUCCUGCAACUUGCCGAAGACGAAACCUACGACAGUCUGCGGUUGAUCAACGCCGAACUGAAUCGGAUCUUCGGCCGACCGGAUUCCAUGUUCCUCCGGACGACUCCCCGGGAGUUCCUUUUCGAGGGAGUGCCCUUCUGCGUGAACGUGAUCGGCAUUGCCAAGGCGAUCUGCAAAGAGAUCGAGAAACGGAACACCAAAACCAUCCGCGUUCAGCCGGACGGAUCGAUGAAGUUCUCGUUCUUCAAUCAUAAAAAUAUGACCAACGACGGCACCUACACGAUCAACACCGGGAUUAAGGAGCCCGCGCUGACGCAGAUGAUCGAGUACUGGAACGGGAGGAACACGUUAGACAGGUGGAUCAAUCAAUCAGCCGGGUCGUCCUCGAAGUGCAACAAAAUUGUCGGAACGGACGGCUCCGGCUAUCCGCCGUUCCGGGAAGGGGUUGAGCGGAUGACCAUAUUCAGUUCUGAUAUUUGCAGGACUGUCGACAUCAAGUAUGUUGGGCCAUCGAGCUACGAGGGUAUCCCUGCUUUACGGUUCGAGACGGACAGCCAUUUCUUGAACGAGAUCGGACCGGAAUAUGGCAACGAUUGCUACUGUGUGAAUCGGAUACCGAAAGCGAUCGUGAAGAAUAACGGAUGUCUUUAUAAGGGAGCACUAGACUUGUCCACAUGUUUCGAUGCCCCCGUCGUUCUAACACAUCCGCACAUGAUGGGUGCGGCUCAAGAGUAUACCAGUCUGAUUGAUGGGCUAUAUCCCGAUCCAGAGAAGCAUCAGAUCUUCGUUGACGUGGAACCGCUCACCGGAACUCCACUGAAUGGAGGCAAGCGGGUGCAGUUCAACAUGUUCCUGCGGAGGAUCGAUUCGAUUCGACUUACAGACCGCCUGCAGACCACACUUUUCCCGGUCCUGUGGAUCGAGGAAGGAAUCGCUCUGAACGAGGACAUGGUCAAGCUGAUCGACGACAGUUUGAUGAAGGUUCUCACGCUGCUGGACAUUGUCCAGUGGGUGAUGAUCGGGUCUGGUUUGCUGUUGGCGAUCAUCAUGCCGAUCGUGUACUUUAUCAAACGGAGACCUUCGUCAGGGUCGAUCACGCCGACCCUCACGACUACAACGAGCACCGUAAGCAUUUCCGAUGGCGGUGGCCUCGGAGGUAACCCACAAAAGUGACAUCCACUAACGAUGACCUAUCUGGACUGAUUCGACUGAGAUAGUGCGUGGGAGGUUGAAUGAAAAGGGGUGUGAGCGGAAGAGCAAGAGUGCUAGAGGAUGAGUGAUCGAGUAACAAGUGCCAACACCAUGUAAAACAAAGUGAAGCAACACGCACGCGGUUCGCUUUUGUGCAUUUCAGUGCAAACUAAGUCAAUCCGAUUCCGUCCAUUUUAGAGGUAUAUUAAAUCAUAAUUCUUUUUUAUCCAUACA